AUGUUUGUUGUUAAUUUGUUCUUGAUAAUUUUCUUGAUUAUAUGCCUAUUAUUUCUCGUUCGAUUAUUAUUGCAUCGAACUGCUUUAAUUUAUGUUUUGAGAAAGUGGGUUGAACGGAUUGAUGAUCAAAUUCAUGUUCAUCAGCAAUUUAGGGUCCCGGAGUUGAAUGAAAGCGGCCAAGAAAAUCAGCUAUACCGGAAAGUUCAGCUAUAUGUAAAUUCAUUGGCUUCAGUUGAAGAUUCCGAUUAUACGAACUUGUUCUCCAGCGAGGAGUCGAACGACAUUGUUUUGGCACUGGAGGAUGAUCAGAUAAUCCGGGACACUUUUCUCGGAGCUCGAGUUAUGUGGGUGAGAAUUGAUCGAAGUUUUGUGUUGAAGAUUAAGAAAAAGGAUAAGAGGAGAAUUUUGAAGCCUUAUCUUCAACAUAUUCAUACAAUUUCUAAUGAUAUUGAACAGAGAGGAAAGAUAUUGAAGCUGCACAUGAACACUAAUGGAAAAUGGAGAUCUAUUCAAUUCAAUCAUCCUUCAACUUUCGACACGAUUGUUGUUCACCUGGAUUUGAAAAACAAGAUUAAAUCCGAUUUGGAAAAUUUUGUUAAUUCGAAGCAGUAUUAUCACAAGCUUGGCCGUGUUUGGCGGCGGAGCUAUCUUCUUUACGGCCCCUCGGGCACCGGAAAAUCCAGUUUCAUUGCAGCCAUAGCAAAUUUUCUCUCGUAUGAUGUUUAUAACUUCGAUUUAUCACAAAUUGAAGAUGAUGAUAAUCUUAAUUUGCUACUAUUGCAAACGAAGUGUAAAUCUUUGAUUGUUGUCGAAGAUUUGGAUUGUUACAUUUCAGAGAAAUCGAGAACUGGGAUUUCUUCAUCUGGGCUGUUGAAUUUCAUGGAUGGGAUUUUGUGUUCGAGUUGUUGUGAUGAGAGGAUUAUGAUUUUUACGAUGAACAGUAAGGGAGGGAUUGAUUUUGAUUUGUUGAGGCCUGGGAGGAUUGAUGUUCAUAUUUAUUUUCCUCUUUGUGAUUUCAAUUCAUUCAAAGGAUUGGCCAGCAAUUAUUUAGGGGUCAAGGAGCAUAAAUUGUUCCAACAAGUGGAGGAGAUUUUUCAGGGCGGCGCUACCAUGAGCCCGGCGGAGAUCGGUGAGUUGAUGCUGGUGAAUCGCAGCUCUCCCAGCCGGGCUUUGAAGUCAGUAAUCACGGCGUUGCAAGCUAAUGGUGGCGGCGGAAAGGCGGCAAUGCGGUUGAGGGAUAGUGCAGAGUCAUCUCCAGCGCCUUCAUCCGCGACAGAGGAUGGUGGUGGCGCCGCCUGGAAGGGCACCGUGCCUAAGGAGUUUCGGAAGCUAUAUGGAAUGCUGCGGUUGAGGAGCUGCAAUAGACCAGAAUCGUUAGAUCAUGAAUCCGACAUGAUCGAACGGUGA